CUUGCCUCGCCUGGUCACAAAUGUAACCUAACUAACUAGCUGGACAACCCACCGUUUGUGUCACUUAUGGGAAAAUGUGUGAUCAAUGAUGGCUUUAGAAAUUAGAGGAACUUCGCCACAUAUUGCUGCUGGUGUAUGGAUAGCUGUCAUAUCAAGUUUCAUCAAUGGAUCGACGUUUGUGCUUCAUAAAAAGGGAAUAUUACGAUCCCGUAAAAGAGGUAGAGUGCUGGGAAAAGAAUCCCAAGUAUAAUACUCAUUUGUUUGCAGUGUCAUUUGUUGACUACAAUGUUGUUGCUAUUACAUCCUCAGACAACAUUCCUACUGUACAGGAAGUACACUGUAAGUACAGUAAGUACUACUGUACAGGAAGUACACGAUCUCUGGAACAACUUCAUUCGCUUCCUCAUGACUGUUUUAGCAAUUUCGCGGCAGAAAUGAAUGCAGCUUUCGCUGCAGAAAUGAUCAUUUGACAUGGAAUUCAGAGGGUGACUAGUGUACUUUUAAUAGCACAAACACUGCAUGUAUUUCAUUCUUUUUUAGGUGGGUCCUAUCUAAAAGAUGGCGUAUGGUGGAGCGGUACACUCUCCAGUAAGUAGCCUAGCUAACAGUGCCGCCUGUCGUUUAUUAGCUGAAGUACAUCCUCAUGGGUAAUUCUGUCUCACGUAUAGUAUUUUCCUAAUAAUAAAUACAUUUUACUACUACAUUAACUAUCACUAUUCACCGAUUGCUUUUAUGUGAUACUGCGCAUGGGCACACUUGUAAAAAAUAAAUAAAUAAAAAACAUUAUAUAAUUCAUUAUUGAUCAUAUUUCAUGAAUGCCACUGACCUCUUGUGAACUCCCUCCAAACAAGUGAUUGUGGGCCAGAUUGGGAACUUCCUGGCCUAUAACGCAGCCCCUGCUGUGGUAGUCACACCUUUAGGAGCCCUGGGGGUGCUGUUUGGGUGAGGUGCUGCUUGGCAUGUUAUCAUUCAGUGUGUGACUACUGCUGUAUUUUGGUUUUCUGGUGGGAGUGUUUACAGUAAUGUGAUGUUUGCUAUAGUACACGGGUUACGGUGAUAUGAUGUUCACCUAGCUAGCUAACUGCACGCCUGACUGUUUGCCUCACUGUUUGGAUCACUGAAAUGUUUGCUUUGUGAUCCAGGGCUGUACUGGCCUCCUAUAUCCUCCAGGAACAGCUGGAUGUCCUGGGGAAGCUGGGCUGUGUGAUGUGUUGCUGUGGUUCUGUAGUGCUCAUCAUUCACUCCCCUAAAUCAGAGAGCGUCACAUCUAGUCUGGAGCUGGAGGAGAGGCUGGCUGAUCCAGGUGGGUGGGGCCUGGAGAUGUGGCACCCUAUUCCCUAUAUAGUGCACUACUUUUUGACCAGAGCCCAUAGGACACUAUAGGGUGCUAUUUGGGACGCAUCCAUUCACUGCUCCUAUAUGAGUUAAUUGUGUAACAGUAUCAAAUAGUGCAUUUAACUGCCCUCCUCAAGAAUCCUUGAUUAAUGUUGUUGUUGAAGAGGGGUUCUUUAACUGCUUGAACGGCAAAUGUAGAUUUCCGCCUAAAUAGACACACCCAAAAGUAAUUACUUUUCAUGAGAUGGCCAUAAACAAUAACUAGUAAGGCUGCAUUGUUCUAGAAAGGUCUGAGACUCUGUCGUAGCCGGCCAUGACCGGGAGACCCAUGGGGCGGCGCGCAAUUGGCCCAGCGUCGUCCAGGGUAGGGGAGGGAAUGGCCGGCAGGGAUGUAGCUCAGUUGGUAGAGCAUGGCGUUUGCAACGCCAGGGUUGUGGGUUCGAUUCCCACGGGGGGCCAGUAUGAAAAAAAUAAAAAAGAAUGUGUGCACUCACUAACUGUAAGUCGCUCUGGACAAGAGCGUCUGCUAAAUGACUAAAAUGUAAAUAAUACAAAUAUUAUGAAAAAUCAUACAUAAUUUUUUCCCUAUUCAACAAAAGUGGGGAAAUAGGGCUUGAAAUUAUUAAAAUGCUUUCUAAAUAUAAUAACAAUCAAAUUACUUACUAUAAGAUUUCACAUUUCUUAUAACUGUAAAGUAAAUAUGAUCAUACUUAGUGACAGUACAAAAUUGGCACCAUUUCAUAUAACUGAUGACAGAGAAUGUUCCGCCCUUUGUCCUCUGAGACAGAGACACCGCUCUGCACCGCUCUGCACCACUCUGCAUCGCUCUGUUACCAAGAGAAGUAGUCUUGUUCCAAUUCUACCAAAUUAUUCUGUAUUUUUUCAUGUUGAGAGCUUCUCAUUCUUCUGAGAAUAUCACAGCGAGAUGUUCCUUAGGCUCUUCCCCUUUCAUAUGUGGUAUUGCAAACAGGGCUCCAAGGUUUCCACAGCCAGAGGAAAUCAAUCCUUUAUCUGGAUGGGCCAGAAAAUGUGACACAUCACAGCCUGAGCCUAUGCAAAUGAGGUGUCAGAUUUCACACUAUCCAUCUCAGCUCCUCGCAGGCAGCGCCUGAACCUGGAGACUCGGCUCUUUUGCUGAGUUCACAGCAAUUGACGUUGUGUAACAGUGUUGCUUCCGUCCCUCUCCUCGCCCCUACCUGGGCUUGAACCAGGGACCCUCUGCACACAUCCACAACAGUCACCCUCGAAGCACCGUUACCCGUCGCUCCACAAAAGCCGCGGCCCUUGCAGAGCAAAGGGAAACAACUACUUCAAGGUCUCAGAGCGAGUGACGUCACCGAUUGAAACGCUACUAGUGCGCACCGCUAACUAGCUAGCCAUUUCACACCGGUUACAGUUGCACCGUUCACAGAGUGCUUUGAACACAGAAAUGUUGGUCGGAACCGGCCCAGAACUGCUCAAAGUCCUCUAAAUAGGGGACUUUACAUCUAAGUUGAAUUGAGACAAUAAUACUGAGUGUGAAGUUUUUUCUCUCCAUGCAGUGUUCGUCACCUAUGCCUCGUUGGUGGUCCUACUGCUGGUUGUGCUGAUGGUGUGGGUGGCCCCAGCUCACGGCACGUCCAACAUCAUGGUGUACGUAUCCAUCUGCUCCCUCCUGGGGAGUUUCACAGUCACCAGCAGCAAGGGGCUGGGCCUGGCCGCCCAGGAUGCCUUCAGCGGGGGGCCUUCCAGCAGCCGAGCCCUGGGUCUCUUCCUGGGUCUACUGGGAACCCUGGCCGUCAGCAUCCUCAUCCAGUUCACCUUCAUCAACAAGGCGCUGGAGCACUACAGCUCCAACAUGUUUGAAGCCAUUUACUACGUGACCUUCACAGCUACAGUCAUCACAGCUUCAGCCAUCCUGUUCAGAGAGUGGACCACCGUGGGUGUGGUAGACUGCCUGGGCAUGCUGUGUGGGCUAACCACCGGGGUGUAG